GUGUGUGUGAAACAGAGUUUUUAGCGGCACCCACGUUUUGCUUUGAAAAGUAAAAUGAAAAAUCAAGAACUUGUGGACUAUUUGGUGUCCUGUGGUGUCUGCACUAUCUGCCAGUUGCGUUACCUGCGGGCCCGCGGUACGGAGUACAACGAUAUCAACCAAUCUUUCCAGCGGCUGGGAGUGAAAGUGCCGGAAAAUCAGUUGGAGGAUGAAACAAAUGGAAUCUCCACUGAUGAGCAGCCGUUGAAGAAGCCCCGCCUGAGUCACUGCUCCACCUGUUUGGGCAUCUUCUCUGAGGACUUUCAGCGUGAGCUCAUCGAGGGGAUUAUCGCUUCGGAUUUUGGCAAAUAUGACAGCGAGGGCAUCGUUUUGGCCAUUACAAUGCCCAUGAGCCUGCAGCUGCGACAGCUCUCCAUGUGGUUUGCCCUGCAGCGGAAGUUUGGACCCACUGUCCACAGCAAUUCACCGCCAGAUGUGCCCAUCAAGGAGGCCGUGAAGCUGAUUCUACAUCCCAUAAUAUGCAAGAAGCUGGACAAGAAGUACGAUGCCAAUGGACUGAUGAUCAGCAUAGAUCUGCGGCACACGGUGGAGGAGCAGGAGGUGGACAAACUGGUGGAACUGAAUCGUGUGGCCUUUCCAGGCAAGACGCUGAAACGCAUAGAAAUCUCGCGCGGAUUGCUGGAAAAGCAGUACCAACCAUCGCGUGUGAAGGCGGAGACAUACGAAAAGUAUUUGCCCAUUCCACCGCCAGCUGUGGACGAGUCACUCAGCCUCAAGUCAAUCGAUCUGCAGGGUCCCAUGGUCUGCGUGGCCGGACGCUACCGUAAGCUGAGCCGCGAGCUCUCGCACACGCCGUGGCUGUUGCAGGGAGUGCGUCAGAUGGAGGACAGCAUCGAGGAGAUUAUCAUACGGAGUGUGGGUCCACAUUUCACGGAGACUGUGCCAAAGAUCACCUUCAUGUCGAGCGGACGAGAAGAUGUGGAUGUGCGUUGUCUGGGCAAGGGCCGUCCCUUUGUGCUGGAGAUACCCAACUCCAGGCACAGUUCGCUGACAAAAGAGCGGGCCCUGGCCAUGGAGCAGGCAGUGGAUAAGUCUGGCAAGGUAUCCAUCCUCAACCUGCAGGUGGUGCCGCGCGAGCAGGCGAUGCACAUCAAGACGGGUGAGGAGCAGAAACGCAAGUACUAUCGCGCCUUGUGUGCCCUCAAGGAGCCCGCCACAUUGGAAAUUCUUCAGAAACUGCAGAUCCCCGAGAGCUUUGACAUUCAACAGAAGACACCCAUAAGGGUGCUACAUCGUCGGCCGCUGCACACACGUCCGCGCACAAUCUACAGCGUCAAGGCGCGCCUGCAACGCGACAAUCCCCUUGUGCUGGUCAUCGACAUUGUCACACAGGCGGGUACUUACAUUAAGGAAUUGGUUCACGGCGAGUUCGGCAGGACCACUCCAUCGUUCUCUUCGAUUAUAGGCAAGCCCAUUGAUAUACAGGCCCUGGAUGUGGUGGGCAUUGAUCUGGAUUGGCCGCCAGAGGUGGAUAACUCUCUUUCCCAAUAAAAGUCUGUUGUAAAAAACAAAAUAA